UGUGUGUCUCGGGGAGUGCGCGCCUUGUUCCAUGUGUUGUUUCAUGAACAACUACAAUUGAAGGCGAAAGCGACGACGAAGAAGAGAAGAACGAAAAGAAGAAAAAAAAAAUCCGUUUCACUUCUCUUUUUUUUUCCCUUCUCUCACUCUUUUCUUCGUUUUUUCCAACUAUUUUCCUGCCUGAACGUGAACAAUAUUCCUUAAUCACUUUUUAUUCGGGUUUCAAAACUGACUUUUCCAACAUUUCGCACCGUCCACGAAAGAAACACACACAAAAGAACAAGAAAAAUUGGAAGAAAAAAGAACUGCAGACGUUGAUUUAAAGAAAUAAAUAAAAUAAAUCGCAUUGCAAAAAGUAACGACGAAGAAAAAAAAAAUUGAAAUUCGGAGGACAUUUAAAAAGUGGAUUUUAAUGGAUUUAAACACAAAGUGAAAAAAAAGUGGUUUAGUUUUUUUUCAUUUCGAAAAAGCCUUAAGUAAAUACCGUGAUGACUCAGUGGUUGCGCUGUCCAAUCGGUCUCUCAAAUGAUUUCGCUUCGGGAUUAUAAUACACUAUUUUCUCUGCCUUUCGCCCCGUCUCUAUUCAGUGUUGGCAUGAUUUCUGCACUUUUUCUGUUGAUUCGAAAUCAAAAUUGAUUGACCGAACUUUGAAACGAAAACCGAAUAAAAGAUUUUCGUAAUAAAAAUAGUCUUUUGUCUAAAGAGGACAUUCCGAGGGACACUCGGAAAUUCAGCCAGUUAAAUUUGUGUGUGUUUGAAAUGUGUAAGGAUUGUGAUAAAUUUUAUAAGAUUCGUCGGAAAAAUGUGUUGUGUGUCUAAAAUGGCCGAGUCGCAUCGAUAUCAAUAUCGCGAUUGUGAUUACAUCAAAGGUCAUUGAAUCGGAUUGGAAAAAAAAAAACCGAAUGAACCGAGAUUUUCUGUUCAAUGUGUUUGUGUGAGUGUGUGUGUGGUUUUUUUUCAUUCCUUCUCGUCAAAAUCGUGUGAAGUACACCACUUGAGUCGCCCGAAUUUUCCAAUGAAAAUCAAUUGGCAAAGCCAAAGCAAAGUGCUAUCCGUCAUAAAACAAACAACAACCCGAGAAUCAAUCGAAUGUACAUAUAUAUACAUAUAUACAUAGAGAGUGGACUGAUAUGAAUCGAAUCGCCCCCACAUUCAACUCAAUUGAUGUAUGUUGCAACAAUAGCGAGCAUUCAUUUUCAGCACGCUAAAGUCAGCAGCAGCAGCAGCAGCAGCAGAAACAGCAGCAAAACAGCAAACGACGCGAAUCAAGCAACCAUUUCAAACAAUCAAUAAAAUUUGAUUAAAUGUGUUGUCCGUUUGAUGUGAGAAAAAGCACAUAACUUCUCAUACACACGAAAUCGAAUCGGCCGCCACCAUACCACCACCACCACCACCACCACCACCAUCGCUCAUCGUCGUCGUCGUCACGAGCGAAAACGGAGUCGAAAGAAAAAACGGCACAUACACAUCUGUGUAUGAGAGAGAGAGAGGAUAAAUAUCAUAUGAAAAUAAUGUAAUGGAAUGGAAACACUUUCCAUCGCAAUUUUUUUUUUUCGUUCGUUCGUUCGUUGUGUUUGAUGGAACAACGCGCGCGAACCAAAUGAAAUAAUGUGUGUAUGUGUAACGAAACGACUUUUACCGUGUAAAAAUAUUGAUGAAAACAAAACACAUCAUUAACAAAUCACAACACGAAACAAAACAAAAGUUAAACCGACGAAAAUUUGAACGAGCCAAAAAUUGAAGCAAAAAACCAAACCUUUAAACGAAGUAAGAAUAAAGUCAAACCAAAAACCAUUAGAACGAAGCAACAAAAAACAAACUCAUCGACAGAAAAAAAAAGGUUGAACUAAACAAAAAAAAAAAACACAAACGUAACGUAAAUUAUUGAAACGAAAGAGAGACGAAAAAAAAAUAGAAACACGUCAAAAUUCCCAAUUGAGUGAAUAGACAAAGAGCAAUAGACACGGCUGCAGACACGGUGUUUUAAAAGGGAAAGUGGUGUGUUGUUAAUUUCUCCGUUCUGUUGCCUCAUUGUAAAGAGGUUGUGUGCGAGCAUUGCACACACGGGGCAUAAUUAUGUAAUUCGGGACGAGGAGACAGUAAAAUAGCGAGAGACAUAGCGAGAACGACAGCAAAAAAAAGGAAGCGAUAAGAUUGAUAAAAACCGUUCAUCCCUCGCUCAAGCGAAAAACCUAACCGAAAGAAGUACACACGCGAAAAGCUAUCAGCAGAAAGCCGAACGAGGAAGAAAUACAGCGUGAGCGAGAGAGAGAGAGAGAGAAGAAAGCGCGUAUUCGUUGUCGUGCCGAAAGAGAUCUGUUAGUUCGCACACGGACGUGUGCAUCUGUGUAGGUGUGAGUGUGCCGUUGGAAAAACUAUCCAUCUCAAACACAUGCACAUGUACCGAAAAAGAGACGCGUUGGUGUGCGUGUGUGUGUGUGUAUGCGAAAAUAAAUGUUCACAUGCUGAUUUCCAAACACGAGACAACCGACGAGAGAGCAACACCGAAAAAAUAACCUGUACACAUUUUGAAUCUGUCUGUGGCGUGCGGUGCGUUGAUUACAUUAGUGUGAGUUUACAUUAAUCACACACUGUGGAUCUGAACACCGAGACAACAACAAAAAUCUACAGAACUUUUGUGACUUUGUCGUUUUUUUUUCCGUGCGCCCAUAUUCGUUCAUUAAACCGAAGAAAAAAAAAUACUCGCGCUACGAGCAGUAAAAAAGCGAAUCAGCGUUGGUGUGUGUAUGUGUAAUACACACUUGUAAGUGAUUUAACCCACGCUGUGUCAUCUCUUGAAUUCAACACGCUUCGCGUGAAAAUUACAUGGAUCACAAGCUCGAGAGAGUUUGUCCGGUCAUGGUGUUGUUACAUCAAACAGACGCUGUUUCCACGUUGUCUGCUGUGCACGUCGAUUAAAAACGAGGUGGUCCAUUCAUCUUUGUGCCUCAUCACAAAACGAGCCAACGACGGAUUCACGCGUUCAACAAAUCAUCCCGUUGAUUCCUCUGGCAUUGUUAUACCAAACACGCUGCAGUAGUAGUAGCAGCAGCCUGAAGCCAAUUUCUUUUGCCGUCAUUCAAAUGGAUGAAUCGCUUCGCGUGCAAGAUAAGCAAUUCCAAAAGUAAAUCGACAGUGAAAUUGAAAACGUCAAAAGAGCGAACGAACAAACAAAAAAGAACGAAAGAAAAAAUAAAAUUACCUGCAAUUUGAUAGUUAUCUCUGUAAAUGCAAUAUCGACGACGACGCCGAAGAAGACGAAGAGAUUCCGUGCGAAGAGACGAAACCUUAUGUGUGUGUGUGUGUGUAUGAAUAUUAAGUGAAUGACUAGCACCAUGAUAAGUGGCAGUUCAGAGCAAUUGCUCGAACAACAACAGCAAGAACUACGUAAUCGUAAGCUCAAGGAAUUGGUACCAAAAAAGAAGCCGGCUCAAGUGAAAAAGGUGUCGUGGCGUGAACGUGCCGCAUUUUAUGCUACAUCAACGUUGGCAUUUCUCUCGGUGACAGCCGGUGCAUCGUUGUUAUUUUUAGUGCCAUUAUAUGUGGAUCCGGCCAUAUCAACGCUCACCUCUGAUUUUAUUGAAAAUCCAACGUGGUGCACAACAACACGACGCGACGAUGUGAUCGGUCUGAUGAAUUGCUCGUGGAGUUCAUGCCGUGAAGGAUGCACCUCGGAUCUAUAUCGUUGCACUCACAUUUAUGUGAAAUAUAUCAUUGAAACGAGCAAUGAAACGCUCUUUUCAAAUUUAUCCACCGCAAUAACGGCAUCCAUUGAUAAUGAUAUGCAGCAGGCACGCACACUCAUGCAAACCGCUUCACAUACAAUUAGCAAUAUAACUGAUAUCGUACAUUCGGAUGAAGCAAUUUUACUUGUUAAUAUCAAAGGAUGCGGCUAUCCGCCCACGGUUAUGUGUAAGAAUUUUUCCGAUUUAUAUGGCGAAGAGGGUACCGUAUUCCCAUGCUAUUAUUCACGCACCAAUCGUACACUUGUCAUGACCGCAUACAAUCAAGCCGAUCAAUGGUCAAUGAUUAUCAAUUUCUUUUUUGUGCCAUUCGUCAUCACCGUCAUAUCGUCGAUGGGCCUUUGCUUUAUGCAUUGUGAUUGUAGUUGCCAAAAAGAACGAAGUCCACAGCAACGGCAACGACAACGUGAACGCGAAAGAUGCGGCGAACGCACAGCCGACGAUCGACACUUUUGUAGGCGGCCACGUUUGGACAAUUUAAGUGAUUCAUCGAUAUCAACGCGAGUAGAUAUGCUAACACCUGCAGUUGAAGUGUAUAAACCGCCGCUCUGACAUAAGGACGAAACGGUCGAAAGUAAUUUAGGCAUCGUAGUACCAUCGACAAGCAGCGAACUAUAAAAUCGCGAUAUAAACUCAAAAUUGGCUCGAAAUAACACAGCAACAACCAAAUAAAAUGACGAGAACUCUCCAUCCAAAAAAAAAGUCCAUAAUACACUCAACAAACACUGUUUUAUCUUUAUCUCGCACACACUUUCAAACUUAGCAACGCACCAACGCCCAACGAGAUGACUGGCGUACGAGCAGAAAUAAAUUCCCGAUAGAUAGAGAAAUGGAGUGAGUUGAAUGAGAGCAACAAAUUCCGUUCGGUUCAAUGUGAUUUUGGUGUGUGUGUGUGUGUGUGUGUGUGCGUGUGUUUGGUCUUAAUCGCACGAUAGCGAUAUUUGCCGUCAUUUGGAUUAAGGGUUUUGCGUCGGAUUGAAAUGAAAAUUCCAUUUUUAAGCGUCGUUAUUGCCAUUUAUGAGCGAGUAAUCUGGUGCUUUAAUCUCUUCGGAUAGCCGAACGCUUCUGUCGGAAACUCGAGAACUUUUUCCGAAACCCAUGCCAUCAUGUCAUUACAUCAAUGGCAUCCACAGCAAAAAAGCAUCGGAGCGAAACCGAAUGAGAGAGUUUUUGGAUAUGAAACUGAAGAAAAUUUGGAUGAAUCCAGAAUGAAAAUUCAAUUAAACAUGGGAAAGUAACAUAAUCGUAUUAUACAUUAGGUCUGUAGUAAAUAAGGUCUCCAAGAUGAAAUUACACACAUACGCAUCGUACGGAUCCCAUCAACCGGAUCGGCCGUGUGUGACGAUAGCGAAAGCAAUUAACCGGAAUAAAUUGAUUCCAAUCACAUUUUCACCCGAGAAAAAAAUUAAUGUAGCGAUAAAGAAAUGUCGACACUUCGGUUCAAUCGGUAUGAUUGGGUGACGUACGUGCGGGCAUAUUCAUUUCACCAAACACCAUGUUUUAAAUUAAUGAAAAAAAAAUGAAAUCACUCUUGAGAAAAUAAAGAGCCACGCGCACGGUUUUACUUGAAAAAAGAAACAACAAAAUUAGAUACAUAUAUCCAUUUAAAAGAGUAACAAAUUUAUCACGGAAUUUUAAGUGUUUAAGCGAAAAACAGAGCAACAUAUUAUUUGUGUGCAAAAUUUAUGGUGACGAUGAAUUCCGACCGCCGUUCCUUGACUCUCAGUCACAGCUUACCAGAUGGAAUUCCAAACACUCUCGACAGUCAAAGCGACAAAACGAUGAAAAGUGGAAUUGAAUUAAGCCACAGGAAUUAGCUAACAUUAAAGAAAAAAUUUAUGUUAAGCAUCGCUUGAAUCUCGACUUAGUUAAAAUCACUUGCAACUCGAUUUUCGUCGAAAUCGCCUAAAACCCCAGCUCAUUUGACUGUGCGAGUUGAGAGAGAGAGUGAGACGCGGUUGGGUCAUUCGUUGCCGCUGGCAUCAAAUCAGUUAUUGAAAUUGUUCUUCUGUAUUCCAGCACACAUACACAACAAAACAAGUCCCGCAUCCACGACGCGGACGCAACAGCGAAAUUUGUUAUUAUAGACGCAUUUGGUUAAGUUUAUUAACAAUAAAAAAAACAAAAUUAAAUUUAAAAAAAAAACAAUGUUAGAGCAUGAGCGUGUGUUUGGUAUUGACAGUAGGUAUAUUCAGUGAAUAUUUUUUCUAUUCACGUUGCCGUCGUCGCGUGCAUACGACAAAAGGCACGGCUGUUUUGUUUGAAUUUGUUAUUUAGGCUACAUUGUUGCCAUUAAGCAGCUAUAUAUUUUUUGUAUAAAAAUGAACUCACACAGAGAUAUUUAAAAAAAAAAAAAUUGUUGAUUUUCGUUAUGAAACAAAACAUUUUCUUAUGACAAAAUUGUUCAACAACAACAGCAACUGCAACUAGUACUAAAUGUAUCGAGCGAUUUAAAUUAAGCCCAAUAUCCGUUGGCAAAUUGAUAGUCAAGACCAAAUUGUGUGUAUACAAAUUUAAAAAAAGAAUCGAGUCAAAACAAAUUAUGGAUCGAAUAAAAAGAAGAGUCGACAUGAAAUCGAAUGCAGUCAAAACAAAAUCGAUUGUGGAAGAAAAAAAAUGGUUCGAAAUGAGUCGUUUUAAGUGACGGCGACGAUAACAUUCGAAACGAAUUUCAGUGUAUGGAUUCAAUGUGAGAGGACAAAAUAAAAACAUCGAGUCGAAACGUAAUCAAAUGAGGGGAAAAUAGCUAUUCAUUCCGAAACGAUGGCAUUUUUUUGUGUCUGAAACAAUGACAAUUGUUGAAGAAAAAAAAAACAUUUAAAUUGAAAAAAUGCCAUCAACCGGGGACAAAAAUUGCAAUGAAAAGCGGCGGGCAAUGCAAUAGCCAUUAUGCGAACGUGAUAAAUGUGAGCCGUUAUUAAGUGGGAAUUAUUGGAUCAAAUCGCCCCAAAACCCAAAUGAAUCAUAAUAUGAGUAAGCGUGCGGCGGAGCGCGUGGUCGCGGUGGUAUUGAAUUGACAACCAAUUUUCACUUUAUCGCGACAUAUCAAAUGGAAAAUUGCUCCCUGCCACCUUCACCACCCCACCACAAACAUUGAAAAAUACAAACAAAUCGAUCGAAUGAUUUUCCACCAACCAUCAUACAUACACUCGCUAUUUGGUGCUAUGUGUAUGUGCUUGUAUCGAGCGUCGAUAAAAUCAUACAAUGCUCACAGCCAAAAUAUGGAUGAGUUUGCAUUAAUUAUUCACACCGCGGCUAAUUUCCGUAUAUGGAACACUGAUGGUGCUUGUAUGUGUGUUUGUGAUGAACACACGCACGACCAAAGACUUUGCAAUCGGUAAUCGUGCACAUAUUUCAUGUGUCAUUGAUUCAAAAGUUUGACGAAUUUAUCGUCAUGGAUUUGCAUUGGAUGAAUACGUGAUUGUCGAUUUAAUUCGUUCUCUAUCCAGCUCACUUUGUCCAUUCGUUCUCUAUCCCGUUCACUCUAAAGUGAUGGGUAGCAAACAAUUGGUGGUGUAUUAUUGAGACCAAACUAUGAAAACAAUGGUCUUUUUCUGUAUUGAGUUCCUAUUUUUUCAUUCUCAACCAUCCACUGUCGCUGUGUGCGUGUGUGUCUCUGUCUCAAUUAUUGACAACCAAAUGGUUUCGGCAGUUGACACAAUUCGUCUACCAAACGAAUAAAAUAUGCAAUGUGUUGCAAUUCGAACAACAGUUCAUAACACGCUCUGCGAACAACACACACACACAAAGAGAGAUGGAGCUGAAAAGAAAAAAAAAACAUCAAAUAUUUAAACAAGCUUAUAUCCUCGUUCCUCGAACCAACGACGUUCCACAUGGUCACUUUUUUGACUCUUUCGUUCUUACCCUUUUUUUUCCCCCAUCUAUCGACGGAUGAAGAAGACGAAGGAAAAAAACGCUCUUUUUUUGUACACAAUUGUGAGUUACGUUUUUUUUGGGGUUUAAAUGUUAGACCUCAAGUGUCACGCGAUCCAUUUUCUAUCGACUUGACUCAAUGAAUUUCAAUUCCUGUACCCGUCUCUCACAUCGCACACACACACGACUCCAGUUUUUUUUACCAGCCGUAUGUGGGUGUGUGUGAAUUGGAUGGGCUAUUUUAAUUUAGUGCAUAUCAAUGAAAUGCAAUUUAAAAAAAACACCCUUUUUGUCCGGAACUUCGACCCUUCGCAAUAUAAAACACAAACAACCGUCGACCUCGGGGUUCAGUUUCAAAAACCAAUUUCAUUUUAAUAUUAUAUAGAAGAAAAAAACUGAUCAAACGCACACAACAAAGAGAGAAAAAAAUAACAAAAAAAAAGAGAAUUUUUAGUACAUUCACCAAAAAAAAAAAGAAAACACAAACACUCACACACUUUUGCUGAAUUUACAACACAUUUUCAUCCUUUUACACUGACUCGCUAGAGAAUUUUUGUGCUUCUAAAAAAAAAGAGUCAUUUUCUACACUUCAGCGAAUCGAACGCAGUGCAGUCUAGAGGAAAAUUAUAAUGCACAGUGAAUAUUUAAAAAAAAAAACGUAUUAGAAUGCUUUGCUACUCAAAACAACAAAAAAAAACCAUCGACAAACGAACACAACAACAAAAAAAAGUUUAUUUGAACUUUUUUCUAUGUAAUCAAAAUACAAAAAAAAACAGAAAACCCAUUAAAGACAUAGCAAUUUAGGACUAUUAAGUGAAUGUGAUUUGAAAGUGUCUGUUGUUUUGUUCCAUUUCUGCGGCAUUUUCGUUUGUUACCGCGCUUGGGUGGAACUGAUGAAAUUGUACACGCUCCUUUUUUGCUUGGAGCUUGGACUAAUGAGAGAAAAUAAAUCAAGCACACCGAAAAGUAUUCACGAAAGAAUGCUUACAAUUUUGAUUGAUUUUUUUUUUCGCUUUCUUUCAAGACUAAAGAAAACAGUGGCGCUAUAGCAAUUUCAUUAACGAAAUUUAACUCAAUGGAAUUUCAAAGAGAUGAAUUUUUUUGGUGAGCGAUGAGAAUUUCAAAGAACUUGAUCUUUUAACGGAUGAGAAUUUCAACGAAUUUAUCGGAAGACAGCACACAUUUUCAAUGAGCCACAUUGAAAACAUUUCAAGAUAUUUUGAGGGAAUUUAGCGAGAAACAAUGAAGGCAUUUCGUGGAAUUUAUUCAUAAUAAGUCAAUACAAUUAGAUUUUUGGUAGCAUUUUCGAGCUUCGCUCGCAAGCUCAUGCUAAAUUAUUUGAUUUACGCUUGAAGAAGAUGACGCUUGGAGAAUUAAGCCACACAUUUUGUUCUAGAACGUUUAUGAAAUGGCGCGGGAAUGAUGGUGUAUAGAUGAAGCUCGAUGUGAAAUUGAAAGCAUGUGAAAAGAGGAGAGGAAAAGUGAGAAGAAAAGAGGAAGUAGGAGAAGGAAAAGAAGAUGACGAAAGAUAAAGAAUAAGAAUAAGAACAAGACCAAAAAGAACGAAAAUAAGUAAAAUGAAAAAUUCAAAGACGAAGAUAGUGAAAAGAAGGAGAGAAGAAUACGAUCAAGUAGAAAUUAAAAGCAAAGGAUGAUUUAGAAAAUGCGGUUUGAACAAAUAGAAGAUGAAUAACAAGAAAAAGAAAUGAAUUAACAGAAUAGGAAUGGCUAUUAAAAAUGAUAGAAAACGACGGAAAAAUAACAAGAACGACGAGAAAAAAAACACAAAAAAGAACGUGAAAAUGAAGAAUAAUAAGGAAAAAGCAAAGAAAAAAUUCCAAUAAAUCCGAAUAAAGAAACCAAGAAUGUCGAAUUGAUGCUUUGCCACAAACAUUCGGCAAAAUUGAGUCUUUAAUAAAGACAUUUUUUUAUUGAUAUUUACUUGGAUUCCGAUGGGAUUUCAACAGAUUUUCUCAUGAUUCCGACACUAAAAUGGAACACAUCAAUCAGGAAUCACCAUUAAAUGUACGCAAAAUCCCUGGAAUCACCAUCAAAUGUACGAAUCUUUGGAAUAACCAUCAAACAUACAAACAAAGUCGAUAGUAAAUUGAGUCGUUAUUGCAAAAAGAAAAGGAUUUUCUUCUACGCUGUCAUUUUGUUUUCAUUUUAAAAUGCGAAUAAUGUUCAAAAGCUUCACUUUCUGUAAAAAGAUGUUCUUCGAUUUUCUGUUUUCCAUUUUCUUUAUUUUUUUUUUUGUCGUCUAUCUGAUGUUCUUCUUGAAGCAAUAUUUAUUCGUCAUCUAAUUUUUUAUUCUUUCCUUCUCGUUCUGUCUUCCUUCUCACACGUAUUUCUUGUGCACAGACUUUUUCCCUCAUCCCAUCUUCUGUGGAAAGUUUUCCCUCGUUUCAUGCACCAAUUCACGCAGAAGUCCAACUCAUUUGUUAUUCUGUGCAAGACGUCUUCUGUGCUAAAAGAAACUGUUUCCCUCUUUCCCUGUCACUAUUUCCCUCUUUCUCUGUCAAAUUCGAAAGUUUUCAUCAUUGAAAAGUGAGCAAUUCAAUAAGUAAAGGAAAAGAAAAACUUUAGACGACAAAAAAAAAGUACGAAAAAUUCGGCACUAAAUGCAAUAAUAAAACUGGCCAUAAAAAUGCAAGCCACUAUGAUAUAUUCGAAUAAAAUGAAACAAAAUCCAUCUUCAUCUCUUGUCGAACCCCGAAAGAGUUAUCCAACUUCCUCGAGCCUCCAGCAAAAAUGGUCCUUUCCUCCCGCAAACAAAUCAACAAACAGAAGAAAAAAAACACUCAACAAAAACUAACAAAGAGAGACAAGAGAGAAUUUAAAUUGAAAGUAUAUAGACAUAUUUUUAUGGUAUUAUUGAGCCUGUAUCGGCCAACCCCAACAAAAUCAAACUGGACAAACGAACGAACAAACAAACAAAAAAAAAGCUCUAGAAAAAAAAAGAAAUUUAUUGAACGAACAUUGUGCGAAUGACAAUAUUAAAUACAAAAAGAAAAAGCAACCAAAAUGGGUUGAAAAUGAUGAUUAGUAGAAAUGAAGAAAGAAAAAAAUAAACACACACAGAAGAAGAAUAUUUAAUGAAAGCGAAAGAGAAAUAGAAAAAAUAUUUUAUUGUUUGUUACAUGGAAAUUGCCCGAAUAAUAUAAUAAAAUUAUUUAUGGAACUAUACACACAAAGCAUGUAUAAUGGGAAUUUAGCUGAGCCAGAAACGUAGUACUAUAUAUGAACAAAACCAGAGAGAUAUGAAAAAGCUAUAUUUAAAACUAUUUAUGACUAGGCGAACAAUGGAAAUUAUAAAAAAAUUAAGGUAAAAAAAAUGUGUAAACACAAAAACAAACAAACAAGACACAUAGGAUGGAGAUGGAGUGGCCACUCGCAUGCGCGUCGCAUCCAGAGAUACCAUAGAACACCGCAAAAGAAAAUAACAUUCAAAUUUAUGAAGUGUAAAAUCGGUGUUUUUCAAUUGAGAAUAGACAUAAUCGGUGCGGUGCGUGCGGUGAUUUGUGUGAAUUUAUGUCUCUGGUUGCCUCGUUUGGCUCGCACCACACUUAAAUAUUAUACAUAUAUAUAUUUAUUAGCGACGUAACCAAUGAAUGAAUAUAUUUUGCAAGGUUAAGAACAGGCUUCUAUAUAAAUAAAUAUAUAUAUAUUUUCGGUUGGAAUGUGAUAGGAAUUUAUUUUGAGCAAUAUAUAAAACAGAACAGAACA